CCGGGCCCGACCUGCCUGCUGCCUUCCUCCUCAAAGUCCCCACGUCGUUCCUGCCCGGCGCAUGCACCAUUGCACAUUUCAUCAUCCCUUCUCUGGUCGCGCCUCGUCUCGGCUGGUGACACCUUCUCUUUCGACUCACCGUUCCUGUUGUCGACUGCUGGCCUGUGAUCGCAGGCGGCCUGCUUUUUCAACGUUCCAGCCCGCGACACGCUCGCCCGUGUCGGUUUCAUCCAGUCCCGACUCUCCCCACCUCAUCCUGUCAUCACAACCCCAGUCUGCCGCCCACGAACCUCAACGCCGUCCACCUCACGCACCCACGCUACGCACAGCACUCUCUCCAUCCGCAUCGAUACGCAACUCCAUUCCAUACCUCCCUCACCAUGACUUCGGUAGCCGCCACCCGGCCGCCGGUGCAGAUGCCUCCGGCUCCCAACCGCGAGGACAUCGACGCGACAUGGCGCUACUUGGAAGCAGGCAUAUCGAAGAUCAUGAUCAAUCUGUCGGACGGCAUGGAUCUUGAGACUUACAUGGGUGUUUACACCGCCGUUCACAACUUCUGCACCUCUCAAAAAGCGGUCGGCCUCAGCUCUGGCGGUGUCGGCCAGCACCAUCGUGGAGCCCACCUUCUGGGUGAGGAUCUCUACAAGAAGCUCAAGGAGUACCUGAACAACCACCUGGCGGAACUUACCGAACAGUCGAAAGCAUACACAGACGAAGCGCUCCUCACAUUCUACAUUCGCGAAUGGGAUCGAUAUACGACGGCGGCGAAAUAUAUCCAUCACUUGUUCCGCUACCUGAACAGACACUGGGUGAAGCGCGAGAUGGACGAGGGCAAGAAAUCCACGUACGACGUCUACACUUUGCAUUUGUUUCAAUGGCGGAGUGAGCUGUUCACGACGCUCAACGAGAAGGUCAUGUCAGCGGUGUUGAAGUUGGUGGAGAAGCAGAGAAACGGCGAGACGAUCGAACACGGCCAGAUCAAACAGGUCGUCGAAUCAUUUGUGUCUCUUGGCCUGGACGAGCACGACGCAAGCAAGACCACACUCGAUGUGUACAGGACACACUUUGAGGGGCCGUUCCUCACAGCCACCGAGCAGUUCUACGUCAGCGAGUCCAAACAGUUCGUCGCCGAGAACAGUGUGGUGGAGUAUAUGAAGAAGGCCGAGACAAGACUGAAUGAGGAGGAGGAGCGUGUCAAGAUGUACCUGCACCAGGACAUUGCGCUGCCUCUGAAAAAGACUUGCAACAAGGCGCUCAUCGCCGACCAUUCGGCCAUCCUGAGGGAAGAGUUCCAGGUCCUGCUUGAGAACCACCGAGAGGAGGACAUGGCUCGAAUGUACAGCCUGCUGUCGAGGAUUCCAGACGGGCUCGAUCCCCUGCGGCAAAAGUUUGAGACCCAUGUCCGCAAUGCUGGCCUGGCUGCCGUUGCGAAGGUGGCAUCCGACGCCGAGAAACUCGAGCCCAAGGUCUAUGUCGAGGCACUCCUUGAGACGCACACGCUGUACCAGGGUCUUGUCAAGCGAGCUUUCAGGGACGAACCCGAGUUCACACGUUCUCUCGACAAUGCCUGCCGAGAGUUUGUGAACAGGAACGACAUCUGCAAGGCUGGCUCAAACAAAUCCCCCGAGCUCUUGGCCAAAUACACCGACGUUCUUCUCCGCAAGAGCGGUACUGGUGUUGAGGAAGCUGAACUCGAUGCUACCCUCACACAAAUCAUGACGGUGUUCAAGUACAUCGAGGACAAGGACGUCUUCCAGAAGUUCUACUCCAGAAUGUUGGCCCGGCGUCUUGUACACAGCAAUUCGUCAUCCGAUGAUGCUGAGACAAGCAUGAUCAGCAAGUUGAAGGAGGCGUGCGGCUUUGAGUACACCAACAAGCUGCAACGUAUGUUCCAAGAUAUGCAGACUUCGAAAGACCUGAACACAGGCUUCCGCGAGCACUGCAAGGGACUCGACAGCGACAAGAAGCAAUCUCUCGACUCGUCGUACUCCAUUCUGGGCACCAGCUUCUGGCCGUUGACGCCUCCUAACACGACGUUCAACCCGCCGCCGGAGGUGCAGGCUGACCUCGACAGAUUUACACUCUUCUACAAGAACAAGCACGAAGGUCGCAAGUUGACUUGGCUGUGGCAGCUCUGCAAGGGCGAGGUCAAAACCAGCUAUUGCAAGAACCAGAAGGCGCCAUACAUGUUCCAAGUCAGCGUGUAUCAGAUGGCUGUUCUGCUCUUGUUCAACGACAAGGAUGUGCAGACGUAUGAAGAUAUUUCCUCUGCUACACAGCUAUCGAACGACGUCCUCGAUCCACAGAUCGGUAUCCUGCUCAAGGCCAAGGUUCUGACGAUGAAGCCGGACGGGGACAAACCCGGUCCUGGCAAGACAUUCCAUCUCAACUACGACUUCAAGAGCAAAAAGAUCCGUGUGAACCUCAACGUCGCCACAAAGUCUGAGCAGAAGCAAGAAGAAGUCGACACAAACAAGACAAUUGAGGAGGACAGACAGUUGGUCUUGCAGUCCGCCAUUGUCCGCAUCAUGAAGGCGAGAAAGAAGAUGAAGCACUCCCAGCUCGUGAGCGAGACCAUCAACCAGAUCAAGUCGCGUUUCGUGCCCAAGGUCAGCGACAUCAAGAAAUGCAUUGAGAUCCUCCUUGACAAGGAGUAUCUGGAGCGGUUGGAAGAUGAUGAGCUUGGUUACCUCGCCUGAGACGCCAAAUUCAGGGCUUGGGAAGGAGUACAUACACCAGACUUCAUUUGAUAGGUGCUUUAUGCGCAUUAUUAGUUGUUCAGCAUCAGCCGGCCGUUUUCUGGGUUUUAGGGUGCCGCGGGUAGCGGCAAAUCCGGCUGGGAAAGGGAUAAGUGAGGCACAUCAUCCAAUUGAGCACAGUAACGAGUCUUGAGACGAAUGCAUGAGAACAAUCAACCCAUAGCUUAUGUCUCGGCAGGCUACCAGGCUCCGUCACAUAUGGCGAACUGGCGCGGGUCUGUGUGUGAGAUA